AUGGAGCCUCUGGGGGGGAAGGAGGCCCCCAGCUUGACGAAGGCCCUCAACCGAGAUGCACUCGAGGAAGUGUUUCUCCACUGCAGCCCAGAAGACCUGCUUGCGCUGCGUGCCACCUGCUCCGCCGCCGCCGACCUGCUCGACAGCAACGAAAAGGUCUGGCUGUCCAAGCUGCGCGAGAGCUUCGGGCUGAACCUCAAGGCGCUGGCGGCCGACUCCGACGCCCUGUUUGUGCGCCUGGCCCGGCGCGUGUUUGAGGCGAGCCGCGCCCAGCAGCUGCGCUUCCAGGGCGUGUUUGUCAACGGCGGCGUGGAUGAGGAUGCCAUGCACUACUUUGUGGACAACCUGUUCCGCGCCGACAAGGCGCCCUACUGCUCCAACUGCUCCCGCGACGCAGACUGCAUCGCGCUGCUGCUGGACGGGGAGGUGCCGCGCGACGCCGAGUUUGCGCGCGUGCGGCAGUACAUGAUUCGCCGCUGCCGCUACGCCGCCGCGCUCAUCCUCAACAUGCCUGAGCAUGGUCGCGACCCCGAUGACAUCAUGCACAUCCUGGAGGACUGGACAGACAUGCAGCUGGAGGGGUUCUUCAAGGACCUGGUGAGCGCGAUGCAGGCGGAGCACGCGCUGGGGCGCCUGCUGGUGUUUGACAUCCCUCACGAGCGGCUGGCGGCGGAGGAGCAGAAGAUCCUGGGGGUGCACCAGUGGCUGCUGGACCGCCCCAAGGCGAUGAAGGCGGCCAUGCUGAAGCCCGGCGGCGACGGCAACGCCAUGCUGGACACGAGCGUGCUGCCCAAGCUGACGGCUCAGGGGGGCAAGCGGCUGGCAGGGGUGGUGCACGAGGUGUCGCUGUCGCGCGUCGGCAACCUGACCUGCCCCGUCAAGGUCGCGGGGUGGGCGCCAGAGGAGGUGCUGGCGCUGCUGCAGGCUGCGGCCUGCGACCCCGCCUGCACCGCGCUCAACGGCAUGGUGGAUGCGGUUGAGGUGCAGCGGGCGGCGGCAGAGGGGUUGCUGCCGCCCAUUGUCGCCACAGACCAGACGCUGGCGGGCGUGUGGCACGAGUUUGACACCACCCCAGCCGCAGCGCAGGCAGCGGCGGCAGCUGCACAGGGCGUCGGCACCAGCGCUCAGCACGCUGCUGUGCAGCAGCAGAAGCCAGGCCAGCACCACGCACAGGCUGGGCCCUCGGCGGCGCCGGCUGCGCCGGCGGAUGCCGAGGCGGGGCCCAGCAGCGGCGCGGACCAGCAGGUCCGGGCGUCGGCGGCGGGGAUCGUCACCUGGAAGCCGCUGCUGUGGUUCAAGUUUCACUCUGUUGAUGAGUCCAAUGCGUUUGUGUACCACCACCGGCAGCUGGUUGAGCAGCACGGCUCGCAGGCGACGGUGCGGCACCACGGCCCGCCGCCCACCCGCCGCUGCCACGUGCCAGCGCAGGAGGGCGAGCAGCUGAUUGUUGGGCCCAGCAUUCCGUGGGUCUUGCAGCAUCCGGGCGGUCCGAUUGUGCCGCUGACGCUUGAACAGAUGCAGCAGCAUCUGCAGCAGGGGCAGCAGCAGCAGCAGCAGCAGCAGCAGGGAGGGCAGGCCUUGCAGCAGGGCCCUGCACCGCACCAUCCCCAGCAGGCGGUCGCGGUUGGCGUGCCUGCGGCAUGGCAGCCAUAUCAGCACGGGGCAGCAGCAGCAGCAGCAGCAGGCGUGCCACUGCAGCCGGGCUUGCCACCCGCGGCAGGGGGGGUGUUGGCAGUCGGCAUGCCGCCAGCCCCUGCCAGCACGGAUGGGGAGGAGGAUGAGGAGGGCAGCAGCGAUGAGGAGGGGGGCAGCCAGGGGGCCGACACUGACAUGGGGGAGGAUGAUUCAGAUGGCAGCGGGUCGGACAUUGAUGAGGCGGCGGAGGCGCAGGGUGCGUGGCUCAACCACUGGGCCCAGGACGAGUUUGGGGCAGACCUGCAGCAGCAGGAGCAAGAUGUGGUGGUGGCGGGGCAGGGCUUGCCGUUCGACCAGAUGGAUGAGGGCAGCAGCAGCGAUGGUGAUGAUGAGGGCGCGCUGGAGGAGCACUUUGAGCUGGGCCUGGGCGGCAUGGAUGGCAACGGGGUCGCUGGGGGCGCUCCCGUCGGAGGCGCCGCUGCCGCUGGCCAGCAGCAGCCGGUGGUGCAGAUGAGCGCGGCGGAGACGCUGCUGCGGGCUCUGACGCGGCGCAACACGCGCGCGCGCAACCGGCUGCGCGUGCCGCUCAGCCGCCCCACGGGCGCCAACAUCAUGCUGGUCAAGCUCAUCAGCCAGGAGAACCUGAUGGAACAGUAUGGCGACCCGCACACCUGGCCCAACAUCGACAUGACCCUGGUGGAGCUCAUUGGCAAGCUGGUGGAGCUGCCGCCGGGUGUGACGUUGACGCCCUGA